AUGGCGGACGAGGAAGAUACAAAACUGGAGCAAUUAGCCGAGUCAUGGCAGAUACGGUUGUGCAAAGCCGGGUUCGGAUCAUGGGACUCCGACCCUCAACGAAUCGCCAAUUUCCUCCAAAAAGAGGGAAACGAGAAGCUCUGCCUCAACAUCCCAAUCGACAUCCACCACAUCACCCGCCAGCUCCGCAUCGCAGACGCCGACAUCAAGGCCAAGUACCAAUCCCUCAUCAACGCAUCAUCGUCAUCUUCUUCCUCUUCCUCCCCUCGCCGCUUGUUCAUAAGGAGGAAGCUGCAGAAGUCGGAUAUCUGCCAUCACCAGAACCGGCUCUCAAUGCCAUGCAGCCAGGUGGACGAGGGGGCUCUGACGGCGCAGGAGAUUGAAGAACUAGGGGAGGAGAAGAAAGGGAAGGUUGCGGUGGAGGUGGUGGAUCCUGAGGGGCGGAGGUACAGGGUCAGGAUGAAGCGGACCAAGGCCGGGGGGACCAAGAGCUACAGCUACACCAUUGGGAGUCCGUGGAAUGAUAUCAAGAAGGCGAAUGGUUUCAAAGAAGGGAUGAAGUUGGAGGUUUGGGCUGUUAGAAGGGAGACUGGCCAACUCUCUUUCCAUUUCACACCUCACCCUUGAUAUUUCUUUUCUACUUACGGUUUUUUUUAUUUC